UCUAUAUAGCCAAUGAACCAACCGUUCGCAUAGAAUAGGUACCUAAUAGUGCCUACUUAGCUUUACGCUGCUUUUCGUGUGAUUCAUAAAUUUAUCGAAUCCAUAGCAGCUAAUUAAUUAUUUGUUCUAUUUUGUCUAUCCAUGUGACGUUAUCAAAAGUUAUUUUAUUCGAAGCCACAUACAGUAGGUAGGUUUGCUGAUUGUUGGAGGAAAAAAGGAUGGAGAAUUUGAGUGGUAGCGGAAGUCAAUCGAGUUCCGUUAGUGAGCUCGAAAAAGAUUUUAAUGAAAUAUUGCAAAACAGAAAAGACCACCGUAGUAUAGUUCUUCGAACGUCAGCUUCUCGAAAAGCAAAACGAGUAAGGUUUUUUCGGAACGGUGACAAGUUCUACUCGGGAGUUAUAAUUCCAGUCUUGCCUGAAAGAUACAGGUCUUUUGAUAGUUUAAUAGCAGAUUUGACAAGAGUAUUAGUGGACAAUGUGACAUUGCCUAGUGGUGUCCGGACAAUAUAUGCUUUAGAUGGUAAAAAAAUAGGAAAACUUGAUGACCUUGAAGAUGGCCAAUCCUAUGUGUGCAGUGGAUUUGGAGAACCAUUUAAACGAUUGGACUACGAAGCCAGUGCUGUGACUCCACAGUCUUUUAGAUUAAGUGGGCCUGAACCACCUAGUGACAGUACAAGUGUAAAAGCUACCAACAGAUAUUCCCGAUGUAUCCAGCCAAACGGCUCGCCAGCUGCCAGCAACGGGACCGCGCGGGUCAGUCCGGUUCCUUCGGAAACCGUGAUUCGAUCACGUAUCGUAACCAUCAUAAGGAACGGAGUAAAGCCACGCAAGGUAUGCAGACUGUUGCUGAACAAGCGCAACAGCCCGACACUAGAGCAGGCGUUGGCCUCCAUCACCGACUGCGUGAAACUGGACACGGGGUGCGUUCGGAAAGUCUUCACGCAGUCCGGAACUCCCGUCACCGCAUUGCACCAGUUUUUUCAAGGCGAAGACGUGUUUUUUGCAUACGGAAAUGAAAGGGUAAAUCAGGAAGACUUUGAACUCGAAUUUGAAGAAAGUAAAGCUGUGCUACAAUGCAGAAAGACGCCCAUUACCAGAACUACAAGGAGAGGCCCGAUACCGCGCAUGCCAAAGAAGGCCGGCGGGGCGAGCCGCAAGGCGGAGACGGGCGAAACUCCCGACGAUGCGCCCAUCUCCAUCGACCUGUCGCUCAUGCCGCAGCCUCUGAGGCUCAAGUACAACAUCGGGGAUAUCAUAGGCGAGGGCAAUUUCGCAGUGGUGCGCAUUUGCAAUAAUAAAACGACUGGCCAAAAGUAUGCUCUGAAAGUAAUAGACAAGCUAAAAUGCAAGGGCAAAGAGCAUUAUGUAGCAGCAGAGGUCCGAGUGAUGCGAAAGCUGUGUCACCCGCGUAUCGUCACUCUGUAUGACGAGUUCCACACGCCGGAAUGGCUUUUCCUUGUACUGGAGCUAGUUAGCGGUGGUGACUUAUUUGACAACAUCACCGCCUCCGGUGUGUUCUCGGAAGCACAGGCCCGCUUGCUGAUCAGCCACCUAACAUCCGCCAUUGCGUACAUACAUUCGCUCUCUAUCGUACAUCGCGACAUAAAACCUGAAAACCUAUUGGUGGAGGUAGCCCCAGACGGCAGUAUACGAGGCCUAAAGCUCGCUGACUUCGGUCUAGCCGUCGAGGUCAUGGGGCCACUGCGCGCCAUCUGCGGGACGCCCACAUACGUCGCACCUGAGAUCCUCUUGCAAACUGGCUACGGCUUAAAGAUCGACGUAUGGGCGGCGGGCGUGAUCCUAUACAUCCUACUGUGCGGUUUCCCUCCUUUCUCGUCCCCCAACGGCGACCAGGAGCGGCUGUUCGACGCGAUCCUGUCCGGGCGGCUGGAGUUCCCCGCGCUGCCGUGGGAGCACGUGUCGGCCGGCGCCAUCGACCUCGUGGCCAACAUGCUGCGCCCGCAGCCCGAGCUGCGCUUCGCGGCCGAGGACGUGCUCGACCACGCGUGGAUGUCGGAGGACUACGACGGGAACUGCGACUCGGGGCUGUGGCAGGACGUGGACUCGUCAUAGCGCGCCGCCGGCGCCGCGCCGCGCUCACGCGCCCUUCGCUCCCUGUAGUGCAGUCCUGGCCUCCGAGCCUCACGGCGAUCAUAUCGUAAAUGUCAAACGGCAAAAUUCAUACCGCCUUGUACAAUUCAACUUGUAAAUGUGUAAAACGACACCAAUUUACUAAGUAGAGCAGCAGACACGACGGCAUAUGUUUUAUGGCAUUGCUAAGCACAUUUUUUUAUGCAUUUACAUAUGUACCUCUACGAUGCUCGGUCACACAUACAUUGCUAUCGCAUACGACCAUCUUUAUGGACGGCUUGCGACAGUUGUACAUUUGCGCGCGAGUAACCAACACAGCAAGACACCUAUUGAGCAGUAUCCUAAAUUCUCUGUGCUCUGCGACUGCCCUUUACUCACCAACACACGUAGAAGUAAAGUUAACACAUUAUAGUAAGGGUAAUAAGAGUAAUGAGAACGUUUUCAUUUAGUCAUACCUUAAGUCGUCAUAAUACGUCAAUAAUGUAAAACGGACUUUUAAGUAUAAGUUAAAAUGAAAAUGUCCAUUAUUGUGGUCAGUUAACUUUGCCAUUAAAUCGUCAAUAAUAUUGUGACGGCCGGGGUAGCCGUGUCACGUAUCACAUCCUAAAUUAUUUGUUGUAUGACUGUUUGUCGGUUGAAAAUAAAAACUCACUAGCUAGCCAAUCAGUCACUUUGGUAAAUACCUUGUGAAUACCUCGUAAUGAAUCAACUAUGUGAUACGAGCUUCCUAUAACCUUUUGAACGCCACAGACGGCAAUAUAUUGAUAAUAAAUGUGAAUCCCUUUUUUCGUAAUAAUUUACUGUUUACUUUGUAAACUUUGCCAUGUUUGAUAUUUACCGUAUUUAUCGUCGUGGGCCCGUUCGGACUUGCCCCGCGUAUAUUAUAAGCGCUGUAUGCAAGGCAAUAUUAGGCAUUUAUGUAAAUGACAAGUUUCGGUACCUUUAAAAUUUUUAGAUACAUAUAUUUACACUUACAAAAACAUGAAUAUUAGUAAAAGGUGCCAGAAAAAAUUCAAUCUUCGCGGGAUAAUCACGCAUAUCGAUGCUACAAGCAUUUGCAAGUUGGGUCUAGGUCUACCUACUGAUACUGGCUUGGUUCAUCAAACUCAUCAGUACUCUGUAGAAUUUAGUGUUAACUUCUGUGAAGACUAGUCCCGCUAAUUUUUUUUAGAACUUAUAGGAAAGCAAAUGCACUAUUAUAGUUCCAAUAAUAAAACUAGCGGGAAUAGACUUCAAGCAGCAGCUGCCCGGGCCUCGCUUAUAAGCUUUGAUAACCGCUGCGGAGCCAUAUAGGCUGAAAAUAAUAAUUCAUAACACCAAUACCAAAGUUACUUCUAAUAUAAUAUCAAUAUCGAUUUUUAACGUUGAAUUUUGCUAUGGAAAUAAAGUUUUCUGUGUGUCUUAUAUAUGGGUAAAUACAUU